AUGACCCCACAGAACGACCUUAUCGAUACUAGGGAGGUUGUUCAGGUACUCGACACCGGUACCAACAUCGGUCAUCAUGGUCUCAAAGUCAAGAUCGUUCAUAAGACCGGUUUUGCUUUGCGCAUUGUUGAGGCAAAGAGUCGUAUAGCCGCGGACAGGAAGCUCGCUGCAAGGGUAGAAGGUGGUGUAGUCUUGCUCAGCAUGCAUAACAAGAACGGCUAUCUUUGCCUUGGCUGGAUCCUGGUGCAACUCUGGACGAAACAAGCCGCCGAUAACUCCCGUGCCAAAAGUCACAAGAGAUGGAAUCGGCAGGCUGUAGUUGCCCAAAGACGUGGACGUCAUCUGGGUUCCAAGAAGACCAGACGAGACAUUAUGAUGACUCGCUAUAACAACGGAGUUGGCCGCCAGAAGGCUAGCGAAGAGCUUUAG